GGUCGCUCGUUCCCGCUGCUGAAGAGAGGCCUUCUAAUUUUAGCGAGAACAUGGGGCGGAUUGCGACGCUGCAAGUCGACGCGUACAGCAACAGACGACCAGCACAACGACCGCUUUGAGUUCGCCAUCCAAGUCGCAGGAAGGUUGCGGGGGCAGCAUCUAGGCUUCUGUCGACUGCAUCGCGUUGCACGCCGUCGAAUGCGGGCCCGUAGAGACUACCAUUUUGCCGUGGCCGUUAUUAACACCUAGACUCGUAUUCCGCCCCCACCCAGUUGUAUAGACGUACUGCACCGCCUGCAUCGCGCCCUCGACAUCCGAACUCCACCUUUCCCAUGGCGUCUCCAGCCCCGGUUCCCUUCACCUCGCUCGACACCACCACGCGGCAGCCAGCCAAAGAUGAGGUCGAGUCGCCGAGCAUCUCCAGCACAAACGCGCUUGCCCGCUACGAAUACGAGGCGGGCCACGCCAAUGCCACCACCGGCACCAAGAUCCUCAUGGUUGAGUGGGAGGACGACGACACGACGCGCGGAGUGCGCGGCGACUGGCACAUCUCGUGGGACGGCAGCACGCGUGUCCUGCCUGCCAACGAUCAGCCUGCCAACGACGUGAACCGCAUGUAUUUCCUGCUGCCUCCGGGCGUUGCGGUGCCCACCAGCGUCACACUCACGCUACGACCACAGGACGCUAGUAUAUCGCCUGUAGUCUGGCAUACCAACCCUCUGCCCGCCCUGUUUCCGCCCGAACUAGGAGCAUCUGCGCGUGCAGCGGGCAAGAAGGGCGUCCUGCACACCAUCUGGGCCAAGAAGCGGUUACAGGUCUUGCAGAAAGAGAUUGAAGCCGAAUCGCGCAACAACGUCGAGGGCAUUGGCCUGCUCAUGGUGGUGCAAGAGAAGGAGUGGAUCGAAUCAACGUUUGGCGUCAAUGCCAAACCAGCCGGUCUGAGCAUCUCGUUGGGGGAGCCGACGUUAGCCCCGAUGAAGGGUCCAGCUAGCCCACGAUCUCCAGGCGGAGGCAGGCUGAUGGACAAGCUGGCUGGUCUGCGACUGGGCACGAGCGAGAGAGACCUCACCCCUAGCAGCAGCAGCAGCACGCCGGGCUUCUCCAACCCUCUCUCACCUGAAUCCUCAGACAUCGCCAUUAGCUCAUUUUCUGUCUUCAAGGGAGCGAACCCUUCGGCACUUGCAGCGAAACCUCCACAGCAACCGCAGUCUGAGCCAGCAGCGCCGCCUCGCAAGGUCGCUGCACAAGCUCCACCGCAAUUCAUCACAGAGCAACAAGGCGCUGGCAUGAUGGGUUCACUGAAUGCUCUAUCUGGCCCUGCGCCCGUGUUCCAGUCACGGGAUCCAUCGGGACCGGCAGAUGAGGAUGACAAGGACGAUGGGCUGUUUGCACUGCCGAUAAGUCCGCGAAGCCCCGAGGUGGGAAAGAGCCCGUUUUCGUUCGCGGUGAACGAGACAGCUCCGUUCUUGAAAGAGGAGAGUGCCGUUUGAGUAUUGUCGUAGGUGAAUGUACGGGUGCAUCAGGGUGUAGCAUGGGUGCGAUGUGUUAGUCUUAGGGUCGGUGUAGCCCUUUUAUGAAAGUGAUACCUUGGCGGCUUCCUGCCGCUGCGAGAAUUCAUUCUAGUUGGAAUCAUCAAGAGCGAUGUUCCCAUCAUCACGAUUGCGCCAAAAUAUAGUAAAUGCAGUAUGGUGAACGUACGUCGUGAAUGUCUGAACAU